AUGGGGACCUCGUUGUACCACCUGGCCGCGGCUGUUCUGCGCAGAGCCGACCCCGAGGGCGUCAACGCUGCGGUACUCUCGCUGCUGGAACAUCUGCAGAACGAUGACGAGACACAGCAGUUUGACGGCUUCCUGAAGAAGAAGAAUGCCGCAGAAUCUGCCCGACUGGCAGAUAGCGUGUCUCAAAGGACACUGCGAGGCCUUUGCGUCAUCGACGCAGCACUGUCCCAUUCCUCGGUGCAGGCUGGUUCUGAGGACGUGGCUCCUCUACUAGGUGGAAGUGAGCUCGUUCAUACUUGGCUGCGUCCAGCACUGACCCGAGCGGACGCUGCCGAGCCACUGCUUGGAGCGAGCUGGUCUCGCCACCGCAUGCUGGCCAUCAGGUGCAUGGCUUUACUCACCUCUGUGGAGCCGGAAGUUGCCUCCACUCACUGGCCCUUCUUCCUGUCCCUGCUCCGACGGUUUGGGAGUCGGUCGGGGCGGGAGGCAGAACUCAUCUCGCAGACCUGCGCCAUGUUCCUGUCCGACGUCUUGCUGCUGCACAGUGGGGCGAGUGAGUGGUUUCCCGACCCGGCGGCGAAGUCCGCAGCUCUGCUUGCGGCUCUGCGGAAGGCGCAGGCCGUGUCGCCACCCUUACGCAGGAAGCUGUCCGAGAAGAUUGCCAUGAUGAUGCUGUAUGGUGCCGAUAGAGAGAUCACCAUCGAGUCGACUUGGGCACUGACCUCCAUGAUGCUCGAGGUCUUCCAUCACCCCGCUGGCAAGCCCAGUGCGGAAGUCGCGGACUCUGCAAAGCUGGACUUAGAGGAGGCGGAGGAGGCUGCUCAUCGAGGGCGACUGCUGUGCUUUUUCG